CCUCUCUCCCUCCCCCCAUUUCGACAUCGACCGAGUUGGAGAAGGAAGAAAGGGAGCAAACCCGACCCUUCCCCACUCUCCGGGCCGGCUUGGAACCCUCAACCCCUCUCUAAUUCAUGUCGUCCCGAGUCCCCUGCAAGCCCCCUCUCCCCCCUCGGAGCCCCACGCGUGCCAAGAGAAAGGAGAAUGUGGAUGAGGCGUCCCUCGACAAGCGGCGUCGGGUCGUGGCGGGCAAGACGGGGGCGUCCCCUAACGACCGCGGGCGGCAGGUGCUCUCCGCCGUCAACGCCGGCCCUGAUCCUGUCGGGAACCGUGAUCAAGUCGCCCCUGCUGAAGGGUCCGACGGCGGUAACGUCGCCGCGAUUGAGUUCGAGUCGAGGGAGGAUGUGGAGAGGCUGCUGGGUGAGAAGAUGAAGGGGAAGAACAAGAAUGAUUAUAAGGGGAAAAGUGAGCAGAUGAUGGAGUACAUUAAAAAGCUUAGGGUUUGCAUUAGAUGGUACAUGGAUCUUGAAGAUAAGUACCUGGCUGAGCAGGAAAAUCUCAGAAAUUUGAUGACAGCUGAAGAGAACAGACACAGUGAUAUUGAGAACCAGAUGAGGGCAAAAGUAACUGAGCUGGAGGCAACAAUCGAGGAGUUAAAGAGAGAGUGUGAAUCAUUGCAGGAGAGAUUUAAAAAGGAAGAAGCAGAUAAACUGGCUGCCAUUAAAACUUAUGAGGAUGAAAGGGAUGCACGAAUUGCUAUUGAAAGUUCACGUGCAGCUCUGUCUCAAGACCUUGAAAGAGUCAGCCAAGAGACUGGUCGGCUUAAUGAUCAGUUAAAAAUUGUCCAAGACAACAAUAAGAGAUUGCAAGAAUACAAUGCCAGUUUGCAGCUGUACAACAGCAAUCUUCAAGCUGAUGCUUUGCAAAAUGGUGAGACCAUCUCAAGGUUGCAGAAUGAGAAGAGUGCUAUAAUGGAAAACUUAUCUGGUCUAAGGGAUCACAUAAAUUCACUCAAAAGUCAGUUGGAUUCUUCUAGGUCUUCUCAACAAGUGGCAGUUAAACAGAAAGAGGAUUUAAUGAAAGAAAUAAGUUGCCUGAGAAGUGAAUUGCAGCAAGUAAGGGAUGAUCGUGAACAUUCACUAGAACAAGUCCAGAGUUUGACUCAAGAAGUUGCUAAGUUUAAAGAAAUUACUGGGAAGUCCUCGAAAGAUUUGGAUAUGAUAACUACAAAAACAAUUGCACUAGAGGAGACCUGUGCUUCCCAAAGGGAUCAAAUACGGCUAUUGCAGCACCAGCUUGCUGCUUCAAAUGAGAAACUGAAGCAAGCUGAUAUGACAGCCACUGAAACAAUGUCUGAAUAUGAAGAACAAAAGAAAACUGUAAAUGACUUGCAAAAUCGUCUUGUGGAAGCUGAGUUUCAAAUUCUGGAAGCCGAGAAAUUGCGAAAAAAACUGCAUAAUACUAUACUGGAACUUAAGGGAAAUAUUCGAGUCUUCUGUAGAGUUCGCCCAGUUUUACCUGACAAUGAUUCUAGUGGCACAGAUGGAGCCGUGGUUUCUUAUCCAACCUCAAUGGAAACUGCAGGCCGGGGCAUCGACUUGAUGCAUAGUACUCAGAAAUACUCUUUCACUUUUGAUAAAGUAUUCAAUCACGAAGCUUCACAAGAAGAUGUGUUUUUUGAAAUCUCACAGCUGGUGCAGAGUGCACUCGAUGGGUACAAGGUUUGCAUUUUUGCUUAUGGGCAAACUGGUUCUGGUAAAACAUUCACUAUGAUGGGGAACCCAGAAAUUCGAGAACAGAAAGGGCUUAUACCCCGUUCUUUGGAGCAGGUGUUUGAAACUAGCCAAUCAUUACAAUGUCAAGGUUGGAAGUACAAAAUGCAGGCUUCCAUGCUGGAGAUUUACAAUGAGGCAAUUCGUGACUUGUUAUCACCAGGUCGGCCAAGCAGCCUAGAGGCAAAUGCUGCUGUUAACAAACAAUAUUCAAUCAAACAUGAUUCUGGUGGAAAUACAAUUGUAUCUGACCUUACCAUCGUAGAUGUAUGCAGUAUCAAGGAGGUGUCUUUCCUCCUACAACAGGCUGCACAGAGCAGAUCUGUGGGUAGGACACACAUGAACGAACAGUCCUCGAGAAGUCAUUUUGUCUUCACCUUGCGUAUAUUUGGUGUCAAUGAGAGCACAGAACAACAGGUUCAAGGUGUCCUAAACUUAAUAGAUCUCGCUGGAAGCGAGCGCCUAGCAAGAAGUGGUGCCACCGGAGAUCGUCUAAAAGAAACACAGGCAAUCAAUAAAAGUUUAUCUGCCUUGAGUGAUGUAAUCGCUGCGAUCGCGAAGAAAGAAGACCAUGUGCCAUUUAGGAACUCCAAGCUAACGUAUCUUCUGCAGCCUUGUCUUGGUGGAGACUCGAAGACACUAAUGUUCGUUAAUAUCUCGCCGGAGUCAUCCUCAGCCGGGGAGUCCAUCUGCUCUCUUCGUUUCGCCGCCAGGGUUAACUCAUGCGAAAUUGGCAUUCCCCGACGACAGACCCAGUCGCGGCCUCUUUUGGAUUCUCGAUUGAGCUACGGCUGAGGCCUGUGAUCGUCUUCGAUAACCCCUCAUUAUCGUGAUUAUUUAAUGAUCAAUACGGAUCUGACAUUGUCACUGUAAGUCUGUACACUAAGGGAUUGCAAUUGAUCAUCUGGUGUGGGUUGGGUUUGUAGCAUGUGAAGUUGAGGUUGUACGCAGAUUGGAGUGUCUACGUGUGUUUGCUAACAACGACUAUUAAUACUCGAGAUAUUGUUUUCAACCAUGUUUUGGUCUACAAGAUUGACUAUUAUUGUUCUGUUAAAGUCAUCUUAUGUGGCCCAAAAGUAGAAAGAAUUGUUAUAGGA